UGUCGUUUAAGUCGGCGGCGGUCAUGGGCUCUCGACCGCCAUCUUGACUGAACUUGUCUUCUAAGCAGCAUCCUGCCCCGUUCCGCGAAGGUCCCACCUUAGGACAUCGACCAGAUCAGACACGAAAGGAUUCUCCAUCGACGGUAUCCUGUUCUGCUUGGCACUCAUCAGCACCGACGACGGCUCCGAGAGCUCCAGCCAUGUGGGCAUUCUCAUCAUCCACCUCCACCGCUCCGGCGGCGCCCUCUCCGGAUGGCCCCGCGACAGACGAGCCCCAGAACGAAGGAUCAAAGCUGAAAACAUUUAUCUCAAUUCUAAGAAAAUUCGUUGGAGUGUCCGACCUCGCUUCUGUUCGGUUCUCCCUGCCAUCACAACUCCUCGAGCCAACACCAAACCUGGAAUACUGGAACUACCUUGACUCCCCAAAUGCCUUUGUCGCCAUUGGGACGGCAGACGAUCCGGUAGACCGCAUGCUAGAAGUGCUGCGUUUCUGGUUCACAAAGGAUUUGAAAUAUGCAAAAGGGAAGCCUUGCAAACCGUACAACUCUUGUCUCGGCGAGUUCUUCAGGUGCAAUUGGGAAACCGAGGAUGAUGCUCCCAGAAUCGACACAAGCGCGUUCCGGAGGAACAACGGUAGCGCCCCCGGCAGCAGCGCGUCUAGCACGAAGUCGGCAAAGCUCUCCGUACCUGCUGGGCUCGGGUCCGGUGAUUCUCGCGGCGCCUCGAGCGUGUCGGUUCCGCAGUCGGCGAAAAACCCGACCAAGCCGGUCCGAGUUUCAUAUCUCACGGAACAGACCUCGCAUCAUCCACCGGUCAGCGCAUUCUACAUCAGCUGUCCCGAAAAGGGACUGCAUGCAAAAGGUUUUGAUCAGAUCACGGCCAAGUUUACCGGCACCUCGAUCAAAGUGAUGCCGGGAGAGCACAACCUCGGCAUUUUCAUCACCGUGGAGCGGCGCGACCACGAGACGUACCAGCUCACACACCCGGCCGCGCAUCUGGGCGGCAUCCUCAGGGGCGCUCUGAGUGUGAGUGUUGGCGAUAUGGCGUACAUCACUUGCCCCGAGACGAAGCUCAAGGCGAUUCUGCGCUAUUACGACGACGGCUGGCUCGGUCGCACAACGAACAAGGUGGAAGGUAUCAUCUUCCGGUAUGAUCCAGAAAAUGAUGACAAGCGGCAGAUCCAAGACGUCCCGGAGGAGGAGGUCCUGGUGAGGUUGGGUGGACCAUGGAAGGAGAAGAUUGUCUUCACACUUGGACCCAAGCCUUUGAACUCUCACCCGCCAGAGGACCAGAUCACCAUUGUGGACAUCGCUCCGCUAAACGUAGCGCCCAAGGUGCUCCCACCACCGGAGAAACAGCUUCCCCAUGAGUCAUUGCAGCUCUGGGGCGAAGUCACCAAGGCCAUUCUCGCCAAGCAGUUCUCGCGAGCGACAACGUUAAAACAAGAGCUGGAGGAAGCCCAGCGCGAGAAAGCGCGCGAAAGAGAAAGGAAAGGAGAGACCUGGAAGCCCGUCUUCUUUGAGCAGGCGACGGACAAGGCCGGCAAGCCCUCGUUGACAGAUAAGGGCAGGGAGGUGCUCAACCGGGCGCAAAGAGGGGACUGGAGUAUGGACGGCAUCCUCUAACAAAGAUGUCACUUUAGUCAAUGGCUGCUGCGGGAGAUGGCAAGAUGCAUGAGAUAUCAGGUUGGUUUCAUUCCGAUCGGGAUAGACAAUAAUAGAGCUGGGUUUUGGCGUCGUAGAUUCGUUAGGUCUCGCCUUUGACAGGAUCGGGUGGGUAUGAUUUGUUUGGGGCUUGGGAUGGCGGUCGGAGAAGUACAUCGUUGACACAAAUCGUCGACGCGUCGAUUGUACCUUGGGAUCAAGAGAAGUGGGUUCCGUCGGCAGACAACAACACAAUCAGUUGGCAAAGGCGUUCAAGCCUUUAGGG